AUGGUCUCGAGAGAAGCUGAGACGAAGUUCCCUGCUCCACCCUUUUCGGAGCUGUCGCAGUCGAGCGGAGCCCCCGCGCGACGAGAGACGGGGAGAGCGCGGCGCAGAGAGAAGCCCGCUCGCGUGCCGCCGCCGCGUUCGUGCAGGCGACGGCGAGACAUCGACAGCCAGCAAGAGGAUUCCCUUUCAGAACUUUCUUCUGUCUCCGAGAGUGCCUCUUCGCACGCUGCUGCGUUGCGCGGCCAGCAACGAGGCGGAAACCGCUCGCUGCGAGGUUCGGCUCCACCCCGUGGUGUGCGUUCCGAUUUCUUUCCCACGAACGCGCCAUCCGCUUCGUCUGGUGACGCCGGUGCGAUCUCCGACCUCCCCAAGUCUCCAGAACGUCUAUCCCCAGCCCUGCGUCUCUCCGUAAGUCGCCUUUUAUCUCCACGUGGACUCGCCAGCACGCGAGAUCCUCCCCCUACGCCGGAGCCUCGGACUGCGGUGCGCCCGGCCGGAGGGAGGGAGAUCAGGAGUCCAGUUCGGAGUCGCUCGCUUUCGAAAGACUACGACGGCGAGCCCUGGAAUGAGCUGUCUUGUCAACUGAGCGUCGCGUUCAACUCCAGCUAUCUCUCUGAGGACCAGGACGACGACGAACCGCACUCUCGUGGAAGUCUUCUUUCUGUACUUUCGUCUGAAACGCGGGCGGAUUCGCGGCGUUUCGCCCCCGCCGGCCACGCGCCGCUCGCUCCUCCCACCGGCGGCGAGCAGACCUCGUUUGCCUUCUCGCGUUCACCCGGAGCAGAGCCGUCGGGGCGGGACGGCGGAGGCCGAGGCGCGGCUGCUGUCCCUCGCCGCCAAAUCGCUUCCCGCGCGUGCUGUCCCGCUGCAGUGGGGUAUGUCUGGUCGAGCUGUUCUUUCCUCGGCACGUGUGCGCCUUUUCUCUCAGGGUCGCGUGGGCUCGCAGAGAGAAGUCCAGUCUCCGCCGGUCAACUCCUUGAGGGGGUGGGGCGAGACCGUGAGGGGAAAAGGGAGGACGAACCUCUCCGCACUGAAUGGGACUCUGCCGACGCGGCGCCCAGCGGUUCCGCCGAACAGAAGAAAGCCGUCAGGGUGUGCAGAGCGAACUCCUUCGCGCCUCCCCCCGGCAUCCAGAAAGCACGACACGCCGGAGACGGAGAAGAACACAGGGAGGACAGGCUGCCGAGAGACGCGGACGCUGGAUCCUCCAAAAACGAGUGUUCCCUCAAUAAAACAGACGAACAGAUUUCCUCGAGAUCCCGGGAAGACCAGGGGGAGCCUCAACUUUCUUGCAACGGAAACAUUUCGCGCUCCUCCUCCGCUUCGCAUUCGUUUUUUUCUUUGUCUUCCCCUUCCGCCUUUUCUUGCGGCUCGUCCUCCGUCCCCUCCUGUCCCUCGUCUCCUUCCGACACGGGCCGAGGCAAGACGUGUGCGGACGGGGAACUCCGGAAAGGCCGGGAGCCCUGUAGGGAGCGCGUCGAGAGGCAAACAGCAGUCCCGGCUGACCCUAACGGCAGUCAGGGCGGGGGCUACACAGCCGACAGGCUUCGCGCCUCCUUGCAAGGCGCCGCUGAGGCUUCAACGGGGUUGACAGCUGCAGAGACAGUCUUGGCUUCAGUCGGCAAAGGCGUCGCCACGGCCAUCGAAUGCGGCGCGGCGUCGCUGGUCGACCUCCUCGUGGACACGCUCCCGCGCCUGUCGCCAGAGCCGAACUACUCGCAAGUCCGCGUGAGGACCUCGGGGAGUCUGAUGCGCCCCAGGUCGUGUUCGCCGACUCUCCUCCGUCGCGAGAGGACGCGGUUUUCCAGUUUUUCGCGCGCGCUGAGCAGCUGCGGGCUGCCCUCGCUCUGCAGCGCUUUCUCACAAUCUCCCGACGAGCAAAAGCGCCAAGAGAAGCCGGGAGGAACGGACACCGUUCGCGACGUCCAACGGGACGGUUCAUGGUCAACCGUCGCCCCGCGCAGAAUCGAAGCAGGGCUGGGCUUUUUUGAAACGGAAGGACGCCCUGUCGAGUCCCCGGAACAACGGACGGAACUCGACAAGAGAAUGGUUCUGCACAUGCUCCCGAGCUUUUCCUCUUUGCGUUUUUCACCUGUCCCAGCGCCGGCGCCAUCUCUCCGCGAGAAACGCCAGGGGGGUUGGGGCCUAGUUGAAGGGCGGCUUCGCACGGCUCCGGCGACUCUUCUUGAGGGCCGCGGAGGACAGCCGUUCUCACCAAACGGUCCUCUCAACUUGGCGCGAACCGGGCGACCUGAAAAGAAAGUCUCUCUCCCGUCUUUCGUGCAUCCGGUUUCCUCUCCGCAAGGCAAUCGGGGAGAGUGGGAGACAAAGAACCCGUUGAACGGGCUGCCUUCGUCACACUCGCAGUUCGUUACGCACGAACGUCCAUCGCAUACACCCCAACGCAGGACCAUGUAUCCCGCUGACACAGACAAGACUCGAGGGAUAGCGCCUUUCUAUGCUACCUCGGUGGAGAAAAGCCGGGGGACGUACAGACGCAUGCCCGAGCCAGUGAGCAGCGCCCUUCUGCAUGAUCGCGUUGUUGGCGACCGUACAACUCCCCUUUUACGCGGUCGUCAUUUCCCGACCCUCCAGGGGAGUGGAGCUUCCGUCGUUCGCUCACCUUCUGCUGGGACGGCGUCUCCACCGUUCUCAGGAGCGCCCGACGCUUCCUCUCCAGGCGUUCCUGGCUCGUGUGGCAGUCAAACCAGUCGUGUCUUCACCCCUUCGAUUCCUGCGCUCGUAGGCCGCAGUAGCCCCGCCACGGAAGAACGGACUCCCGACGCCUUUUGCUGUCACGCGACUUCCAAGACCGCAUUGACGCCGUGCACGACCGCCGCAACCUCCGUCGCGUCUUCGCUGCGCCAGCUGGCCUCUGAGAAGCAGCCUCUCGAGCCCGUUCCUUCUUCCGCUUCUUCCUCGCCUUCCGCGCCUUCUUCGUCUGGUUUCUCAGCAGGACUUUCUGGCAAAGACGGUUCUACACGGAAGCCUCUCCAGCCUGAAUUUGUGGCGACGGGUGAAGAAGGGACCACCUCACGGGGGCUUGCCCCUUCUGGGGCGACAGGAGUUGCCAUGAACGGAGCCAGAAACGCGGCGCCAGUUUCACCGGAGAAGCUCCCUUUUUCGUUUAGCGCCCCGUCGGGUUUCUGUUCGGCACCGCCUGGAGCCGACUCAGCCACAGAAUUCGAGCGGCGCGCCGCAAACGCCGAGCGGAGUCUUCACUCUGCCGCGCACCUGACACGCCGCUGGCCAACGCAGCAUUUAGGGUUAGGAGAGGAGACGCCACGCAAGAUGAGGAAAGACAGCGGAAGACGGUGGAGCGGCGAAAGCAACAGCACGGACAUCCCCGUGCACCGGGCCAGCGAAGGGAUGGAGCCUUUGUUUCCCUCGAACUGCAGAGGAGUGAACGUUGAACAGAAAGGCCCGGAAAGGCCUCCUAGUGUCCAGCGGGGACGAACCUGGGCGGGCUCCGCUCGUGCUUCCUCUGCAGGCCUCUUGACAUCGGAGGCGUCUUCCCCCUGUCUCGGAGCGGAGGUGGGGGAAGAGACUGGGAACGACGAGCAAGGAUCCGGAAGAACAAGGCUACCUGCCGUGCUACGCGCUCGCUGGCUGCUGGAGGAGCUCCAGAACCAGGCGGACGCAGGAGCACUAACGAGAGAAAAUUUCCCGAUGGAAGAAGUGCUUGACCUGAUGAAGCAUUUCGACGUUUUGGAUGUGGGCGGAGUGAGCGUGUACAGGCUCGAAGCAGACUGGCAGAUUCCGGAGUUCUUCCCACAGGGUGCGCCCAGCGAGGAGUGGGUGCAUAAGAACCACGCGGACGGCGUCAACUUCAUGCUGUCUCUUCAAGAGAUCACAACUAUCGCGACAGACUUAUACCGGGAACCCUGUUUCCCGAGUUGCCGCCUGCAGUCGCAGGGGAACCUAGACGCGCAUGCUCCUUCGGAGCCCGUCAUCUUGACUCUGGACACAACGGAUGGGCAGAGGAGUUGA